AGAAAAGUGCCAAAAACAGAGAAAUCAAAGCAUAAUGCCUAAGCAACUCCAAAAAUCUCUUUCAGAUUACCUCACAAAGAAAAAAAAUAAACCCACACCACAACAAACUACUAAUUCCGCCAAUAAGACUCUCUCAUCGUCCACUAGCUGGUUGCUCCGCGGGUGUAGGCACCCCAAAACGCCUUCAUUUUCCACCGUUGAUCGCAAAGAGAAGAAUGUACAAGGCGAAAACGACGCUGCAACACUUGCAGAUGUUGAUCGUUUCGUCUUUGAGAACUUUAAAUCCUUUUAUUACAAAGAUGACGAUAAUGAAGCUGAAGCUAAUACUAGCAUCCUGAAGAAAGGCAAAAAAGAAGAAAUUGCAGGAAGUCCAAAUUCAUUGUCUGAGUCUCCAAGGUACGUCAUUCCACCAUUAAAUCACACCGGAUCUCGUCGUUUUUUCGUUGCACCUGGUUCGUCAAGCUCCCUAAUUGAAGAAGCACGGACGAGCAUGACAGUUUCUGACGACACUGGAUCCACCUCAGCCAUCACCACCGCGACCAACACCAAUUCAAAUGAAUUAUCGGCAAUUAGUACUGAAUACUCAAAGGAAACACUGAAUGCGGAUGAUUUUAUUACACUAGUAACGUAUUCUCCGAGUCCGUACGACGAUUUCAGGCAAUCGAUGCAGGAGAUGAUGGAGGCUAGGUUGAACGAUCAAGGCAAAAUCAACUGGGAAUUCAUGGAGGAGCUAUUGUUUUGUUACCUAAAUUUGAACGAUAAGAAAUCGUACAAGUACAUACUUAGUGCGUUUGUGGAUCAGAUCGUCGUUUUGCGUGAAAACUCCGGCAGAGUACCGGCGAUAUCACGGAAUGUUCGACCAUUGGGUGGGGAAUUAAACCAAAGGAAUACUUAACGUAAGAAAUCAGUCACUGGUUUAAUUUAUA